GUCACUUGGCACGGAGCAGAAAAUCCUCAUCUGCAAGACGUCUGUGGUUGAGAUCAGGCCUGCUGAUGCUAUGAGUGCAUUCAUGUGGUUUUGAGAGAAGAGAAAAAAAGAGAGGACAAUAGAAAGAAGGAAAAGAGAUGAGGGGAGGAGAAGAGAUGUGUUGGGUGGUGAGCUGUGAGCAGAUCUGGAAUGCCAUUGUUAGAGCUUGCUGCUCUGUGUUGCACAGAGGGACAGCUGCCUCUGAGGCCUGCUUGCUCACGUGAGACAGGCAACCCAGUUCUCCGUGAAUUUCCCCCACAUCUCCCUACAGACAGACAGACAGGUGGAGCCUGAACUCAGCCAGCUGGGAGUCAAGGGAAGGAACUAGGAGGAAUUUGGGGAGUGGCGUUUUAAAGCUUCCUCUUUCCUUCUCCUUGCUCUCAAAGAAAAGGGGCCUAGCUAUAUUUGUCAAGGCAGAAAGGCAGAGUGUGUGGGGAGCUUUAGCUCCCGGUGCUAGGUGAAGUGCAGGCCUGAUUAGCUUUUAUCCCAAGUCAGACUGAGAGAGCAGUUGUGUAGAUGCAACCUCAAAGGACAAAUUACAGACCUCGCUGUUGGAACAGUGGAUGAAAGACGAGGCGAGGCUGAAAAGUCGCACAGUCAUACUGGAGGGCUGUGACGCAUGAAGAGGUGAUGGGUGGGUUGACAUUACCUUCUAAGGAAAGGUUAAGCGGUCCCCGUGUUCCCUUUGAAUGUCCGUCACCAUGGCUAAGCGUGAGACCGGCAGCACCAGCCCCGUGGUCCGGCAGAUAGACAAGCAGUUCCUGGUCUGCAGCAUUUGUUUGGAUCAUUAUCACAACCCCAAGGUCCUGCCCUGCCUGCACACCUUCUGCGAGAAAUGUCUACAGAACUACAUCCCUCCCCAGUCUUUGACUCUGUCCUGUCCAGUAUGCAGACAGACCUCCAUCUUGCCAGAGAAGGGUGUGGCAGCCCUGCAGAACAACUUCUUCAUCACAAACCUAAUGGAGGUGUUACAGCGGGACCCCGAGUGCAGCCGACCCGAGGCCUGUAAUGUUCUGGAGUCAGCCAGCGCAGCUACAGCCUGUCAGCCUCUCUCUUGCCCCAACCACGAGGGCAAGGUGAUGGAGUUUUACUGCGAGUCAUGUGAAACAGCCAUGUGUCUGGAGUGUACAGAGGGAGAACACAGGGAACAUGUGACAGUUCCUCUGAGGGAUGUGCUGGAACAGCAUAAGUCAGCGUUAAAAAAUCAGCUGGACGCUGUGCGCAACAGACUACCUCAGCUGACGGCCGCCAUCGAGCUUGUGAAUGAGAUCUCCAAGCAGCUCACAGAGCGGAAAAAUGACGCGGUGACUGAGAUCAGUAAUACUUUCGACGAGCUGGAGAAGGCCUUACACCAGCGCAAGACUGCUCUCAUUACUGAGGUGGAAAACAUCUGCAGCACUAAGCAGAAGGUGCUUCAAGCCCAGCUGACCUCUUUGCUUCAGGGCAAAGAGAACAUUCAGAGCAGCUGCAACUUCACAGAGCAGGCCCUGAACCACGGCAGCGCCACUGAGGUCCUGUUGGUCCAGAAGCAGAUGGGAGAGCGGGUCAGUGCCCUGGCGCGACACACCUUCCCCGAGCAGCCCCAUGAAAAUGGACAUCUGGAAUGCCAGGUGGAGACUGAUGGACUGAGACGCUCCAUUCAGAACCUGGGAGUCCUGAUCACAACAGGGACUGUAGGCCACACUAGCGUCGCCACCGGUGAAGGCCUGCGCCAUGCACUGGUCGGCCAGCACACUACUGUCACAGUCACCACUAAAGACAAGGAUGGAGACCUAGUGAAGACUGGUAAUGCUGUUCUGAGGGCGAAGAUUAUCUCUGCAGACGGAGCGUGCACUGAAGCCGAGGUGGCGGACAACAAGAACGGCACCUACGAGGUCGGAUACACCAUCCGCUCGGAGGGAGAGUACACCUUCUCUUUGCUGCUGUACGAACAGCCUGUGAGGGGGAGUCCGUACCGCCUGCGUGCCGUCAAGCCGUCAGAUGUCCUGCAGUCGCCGGACGACGUGAAGAGAAGAGUGAAGUCUCCGAGUGGAGGAGGAGGUCAUGUUCGACAGAAGGCGGUGCGCAGACCCUCCAGCAUGUACAGCACCACCAAGAAGAAGGAAAACCCAAUAGAGGAUGAGCUGAUCUACAGAGUGGGAACAAGAGGGCGAGAUAAAGGAGAAUUCACUAACCUACAAGGCAUCUCCACCUCCAGUAAUGGACGGAUUGUGGUGGCAGACAGCAACAACCAGUGUAUACAGGUAUUCUCAAAUGAUGGCCAGUUUAAGAUGAGGUUUGGGGUCAGAGGUCGUUCACCGGGGCAGCUGCAGCGCCCCACGGGGGUCACAGUGGACGUGAACGGCGAUAUAAUCGUAGCCGAUUACGACAACAGGUGGAUUAGCAUCUUCUCCUCGGACGGAAAGUUCAAGAGCAAGAUCGGUGCUGGAAGACUGAUGGGACCCAAAGGUGUGGCUGUGGAUAAGAAUGGACAUAUCAUCACGGUGGAUAAUAAGGCCUGCUGUGUCUUUAUCUUCCAAUCAAAUGGGAAGCUGGUGACGAAGUUCGGAGCCAGAGGAACAUCAGACAGACACUUUGCAGAAAAAAGUGGUGCAAACAUUGCACUGGAACAAAAGCUUAGUAAAUCUGGCCCUGUUUUCAGUCCUCACUUUGUGGCCGUGAAUAACAAAAAUGAAAUUGUGGUGACAGACUUUCAUAACCAUUCAGUCAAGGUGUACAAUGCAGAUGGGGAGUUCCUGUUUAAAUUUGGCUCCCAUGGAGAGGGGAACGGCCAGUUCAAUGCUCCAACGGGCGUGGCCGUGGAUGCCAAUGGAAAUAUCAUUGUUGCUGACUGGGGCAACAGUCGGAUCCAGGUGUUCGACAGCUCAGGGUCCUUCCUGUCAUACAUCAACACAUCAGCGGACCCCCUUUACGGCCCCCAGGGCCUGGCCCUCACGUCUGAUGGUCAUGUGGCGGUGGCGGACUCUGGGAACCACUGCUUCAAGGUCUACCGCUACCUGCAGUAGAGACCUGAGGCAGCCACCUUCACCAUUGCGAGCACUGACAACGACACAACCAAUGUAUUCCACAGGGUGCAAUGACCUUUCCAAUACAGCCUUUUGAUGUGCACAUCAGCUGAUAUAAUUAAGUGUCUGAUCCUGAGUUUACCCUCCUUAUGAUGUGUAUUGAAGGUUGUUUUUUUUAAAGUUGGAUAAUGUAGCAUCCCUGGGACAAGCUAUGGACUGGUUUUAGAGAAUGUGCAAAAACAUGUUGUACGCUGUUGAUGGUAUUAUUAAACCACACUUUCUGUGAGACUGGACAGGGUAGGAUAUAGAUUGAAGUAUUUAAUGAGCCAUAACUUGUCCAAUUGCAUGAAGUUUUAUUUGAUCUUAAUGCCUAGGCAACAACACAGUGUACCCACCGAUUGCUUUUCUCAUCAACUAGUUAAUGCUUACAGUGAAAUGAACAGCGCUAUACGCUUCUCCAGCAACGAAAUGUUAAAUAAUCUCACAUCAAAAUGUCACCACCAUCUGUGCAUUGAUUUUGCUGUAUGUACUGUAUAUACAUAAAUGUAUAUUGUGUAUAUUAGAUCACUCCGUUAUGUAUGUGCUAUGAUUUUGAAACACACACAGCCUUUUGGCUAUUCAGAGAGCAGCGGUCAAGGAUUCCAGGAUUUUAAACAUGUGUGUAUGGCAGCUGUUCAAAAAGUGUGCUUUUUAAAACAUACCCAGCACAUGCCUAAAAGAAGAAGAGUGUCAUAUUUAUUGCUAAUGUAAGCAGCACAAUAAUCGAUUUUGUUAAUAUAUCUGUUGUUUUAAAAUGAAAAAGAACAAAAACAAAAAAAAAGCUAAUUUAAUUUAUUUUAUACACUAGCUCAGCAUUUACAAAUUAUUUUUCUAAAUUGAUGUGCUUUCUUUUUUUCUUUAGAGCAUCACACUUCUAUCCCUUUCCCCUAAAGGGAAAUUUCACCUUAAAGCAGAAUUCAGUAUCCCCCCACAUCUGGAUAAUUUUGAUCAGUGUUUGUGCACAUGAGCAGCUCUUUUUCAAAGCUACUGUAUAAACCCAUCUUUGUUUUCAAGUGGGAUGCCAUCAAAAAGAUUCCUCUGUUCAGAAUUAAUGGCUAAAGAUAUGGGCUCAUAGAAUCGUUGUUUUGCCUUUAAUAAUUAAAGAGCUUUAUUCAUUGAAGUGCUAACAUUUACAAACCAGAAAGAAUACGCAUAUCUCAGGAAAUCCAUCCAAAUUAGAUCAGCAUGUCAAUGGAACUACUUUAAAUAUUUGUUUUAUUUCUUUUGAUAGCGUCAGCUUUUGAGGGAGACAUUGGGAGCUUUGUGAGAAAACUGUAAAUUUGUGCAAAAUUAAUGUAGUCUGGAUCCAAGACCACAAACAUGCUCGGGAUGGAAUAUGAAUUCUGUUUUACAGUGUUUUGUUUUUGUUUUUUGGCUUCCACAUAGGGAACAGUUACAGAAUGCUAGUUUAUUAGAUGACAUUUGCCAGCAAACUCAUCCACGCUUUAGAACACACUCGCCUACGAUACUGUUAUAAACUACAGUAUCUAACAAAACGCUGUUAGAUGACCAAGCCUGAGGAAAAACCUGUACCAGUAGAGCUGUUGCUGCUCUUGCUCCCCCUAGUGUUCAUUCUGUGUCAUAAGAAAACCUGGUGCCACAGCAGAAGAGAGACCAGGUGCAGGAAGAAGGCAACUUCCUGGUCUGACAGAAUUACCAACAGCACUGUGCUAAACACCCAAACACCAACAUUCACCCUCUACUAGUGCAGAGAUUUUCCACCUACAGGAUAUGACCCCAUUUCACCAGUUUAGUCAACCAGGAAGCUGCUGUUCUUCAUGCACCUGAUCUGCUGUUUGACUUGUUGCCAAACAGGAGCCCAGACAUCUAUAAAGAGUUAAAGGCUCACCUUUUACAGAUGUAUCUGAAGCAUUUUACCCUACGCAGCUGUGUCACACCAAUACACAUUUUGUUUUCUCUAUGAAUAUGCACUGGUAAUAAAAGCACAUGGUUUACUGA